AUGAAAUUGGUUGAUAUUUUAUUCGUACUGAGCGCAGCAGCAACUGCCAAUGCAAUACUGAUACCGGCUGAUAACGAUGGUUCACCACAAGCAUCAAGCACUUCCAGUCAAGUGUCCGUUUCAACCAAUGAGCCUAAUCCAGGAACUUCCAAUGAAUACCAGCAAGAAUCAAUGGAUUUGAGUAUUCACAACCGAAUCCAGCAACGGCCAAUGUAUCAACCCAAUCCAAAUACUCCCGGUCCAAACCAGCGACCAACUGUGAUUGUAUUUGGUCCAAAUGUUCUCAAACAAGGCCGAAAACGCAUAAUUGAUUUAACCACUUCCGACCAAGACCAACAACAACCAACAGAUGUAGCUGGACCGAGCACUCCCAAACGAGGUCAAACACAACCAAUUGAUCAGCCCAGCCCAAGUACUUCCAACCAAAACCAGCAACAGCCAAUGGACAAAGUCGAGCCAGGCAAUACUGCUUCAAAUCAAGUGACUGAAUUAAGUGAAAAAGAUCAGAAAACCUUUGAUAGUUUAAAACAAAAGCUUGUAGCGUCUAAAGAAUUACGAAACAAAAAACGCAAAGAAUAUUAUGGAUCUAUGGCUCUUGGAUUCAAACAAUGGUCAGUGUUAGAAAAAGGUGAACAGAUAUCUGGAUUAAGGUACGAUCCAAAGGUUGAAAAGCAAUUGAAACAAGAGUAUGAAGCGGCAGGAAUAAAAGUAACCGGUACCAGACGAAAUUUGAAAAGGUUUAUGAGAAAGCAUGGUUUAGAAUUUGAAGAACCUAAUUCAGAUUCAGAUUCAGAUUGA